AUGUCCAAGGUACGAGAGCAAGCCACGUUGGCCAUUGCAGUGCUGCUGUCUACUCUGAUCUGCCUUCCAUCGGUACUCGGCAACCCCGAAGCUCCUCUGUAUGAUCAAGCUUGUUGGUUGCAGCUGAGCGAAGAUACAUCGCCAAACGCUUGCAUCUUUCGUCCCGUCUGUCUUCCCAAAUACACUGUCAAAUUCGAAGACCUUGCUCUGCCAACGUUCGACGGCGUAUACACAAAGGACGCAAUCCCUUCCAAAGAUCCUGCCUCUUAUCCUAAGUGCUAUGGCGUCAGGCGCGAUGAUUUCCCGAACUGUCCAGCUGACUGGUUCACGACCGAUCUCUUCGCAGAAACCCCUAGAUUUGGCCAGUUUUCACGUCAACCCCAAGUGAAAGAAUACAACUAUGCCAUCGUUUGUGAGAACGCCGAUGGAAAGGAUGUAGACACGCAUAACAGUUAUCCAGGUCCAAGUCGAGGUCCAGAUGGUUUCGGCUACUGCCGUUUCGAGGUUGAACGCUCUGCAAACACAUUGGCCAAGUUUAGUGGCUACUGCUAUGACGCUGCACCAUCAAGUCGACCGAAUGAGCUCUAG